AAUAACGCAUUGGACAUUAAAUUAACAUUAAGCAACUGCUUGUACUGAUUAGUGAACUUUUUAUCUACUAACAAUAUCAUGGGAAAAAUACAUUUUUUUAGUUACUGAGAUUUGGAAUAGAUGAACUGGAAUCUGGUUGGUGUUAAAGGAGAACCUGGGACAAAUUCCAAAUUUUUGAAAGAUUGUAUUAUUGUUCCGUUAAAAUGAUUUGAAGUAGCUGGGAUUCAAUAAUGACGUGUGAAAGUAUGAUUGGAAGGUACAGGAAAUGGGAUAAACUUCUGAGACAUAGUGUGUUUUGAGAACCAAACUUCCUUUCGAGGUGUUAAAAAACAUAAUUUGAGUCCUAGAGGUUCAAUUAAUUUUAUCCAAAAUCAAUCAUUGUGCAGAUGAAAAAAAGUUAUCAAAAUUGUUUGUUGUUGGUUCUGUUCUGAUAAUGGACUCAAAAGAACAAGAUACAUGCUAAUUUAUGACCUCCGUUUUGCAUCACAUGGCAUAAUUAGGGAAAAGGACUAGAUUACCAACUAAUAUGUGUGACACUAUAAACGUGAAAUGAGAAAAGGAAAUGCAAACAGCAAGUCAGUUUAGUGCCUGAAUGUUAGGUUUCUCUCAAUAUGCAGAAAUAGUUAAAAAAAGAGAGAAAAUUAUGACUUGCAGUUUGUUGUCACUUCUCAACGUUACCUAAUAUGUGCUAUCCUCCACGUUGUGACAAAAUGUAUAUCACUUUCCAAAACUCUCAAACGAGUUUGAUAUUCGUCGGUGUAUAGAACCAAACCACACGGAGCAAAUUUAUAUAUAACUCACCUCAGUAAACAUCACCACUGUCAGAAAGGACAACAAACUUAUUAAGUACUUAACCUGAAUGCUCGCAAUGGCUUUAUUACUGCCACCGUUUCAUCUUUCAACACCCUAUCUCAGCACAAGCACCAUUGUGGCUCUCUGUGUAUUCUUCACUCUCCUAGGCACUUGUGUCAUCAUUGGCCAUCUUCUGGAAGAGAAUCGGUGGGCUAAUGAAUCCAUCAUUGCCCUCCUUCUGGUACACAACACUACACACUCAACUCAUUUUUCUACUCUCCACGUUGGUACAUACAUGCAAUAUUGUGCUUCUAGAGUUUCUAUAUUAAUAAACUAUGGUACAUUUUGCUUGGCUUGCUUAAAAAAUUUGCAGGGGUUGUGUGCUGGAACGGUUGUGUUGUUUGUGACCAACUUUCAAAGUACCAAGAUUUUAAUAUUCAGUGAAGACUUGUUCUUUCUUUACUUGCUUCCCCCUAUUAUUUUCAAUGCCGGUUUCCAAGUCAAGAAGAAACAGUUCUUCAAGAAUUUCACCAUUAUACUGCUCUUUGGAGUCAUUGGAACAGUUAUUUCAUUCUGUCUGAUAUCUGUUGGUGCCCUUAUGCUCAUUCAAUGGAUUGGAAUGGCUAACCUUGGCAUAAAAGAUUACCUAGCCAUCGGUGCCAUAUUAUCAGCAACGGACUCAGUUUGUACAUUGCAGGUUCUGAAUCAAGAUGAAACACCCUUGCUUUACAGCAUUGUAUUUGGGGAGGGAGUGGUAAAUGAUGCCACGUCUAUUGUGCUUUUCAAUUCGGUCCAAUCCCUUGACUUCAGCAGCUCCAAUUCUAUGACAGCCUUGAAAUUGUUGGGGACCUUCCUUUACCUCUUCUGCACUAGUACUGCCCUUGGCAUAGUAGUUGGCCUUUUAAGUGCUUAUAUUAUGAAAAAACUCUACCUGGGAAGGCAUUCUACUGAUCGUGAACUUGCACUUAUGAUGUUGUUGGCAUAUUUGUCAUAUAUGAUCGCUGAGCUUUUGAGUCUCAGUGGGAUAUUGACUAUUUUCUUCUGUGGCAUUGUUAUGUCACACUACACUUGGCACAAUGUUACAUUAAGCUCAAGGACAACAACCAAGCACGCCUUUGCAACCCUCUCAUUCAUUGCAGAAACUUUUAUAUUUAUAUGUGUUGGCAUGGAUGCUCUAGAUAUUGACAAAUGGAAAAGCAGCAAAGGCAGUGCAGGAAUUUCAGUUGCUGUGAGUUCUACUUUGUUUGCAUUAGUGUUGAUUGGAAGAGCAGCUUUUGUGUUCCCUAUUGCAUACAUUAAAAAUCGUAUCAAUACAAGAGAGAAUACCAGAAUUGAAUUUCGUUCACAGUUUAUCAUAUGGUGGGCUGGCCUGAUGAGAGGUGCAGUGACUAUUGCUCUAUCUUAUAACCAGUUUGCAGAAGCCAAGAGUACAUCAUCAACUCAAGACUCCGCAUUAAUGAUCACUUCUUCCAUUAUUGUGGUCUUGUUCAGCACUGUGGUAUUUGGCUCCAUUACUAAGCCACUGAUAGAGGCUGUGCAACCAAGACAUCCAAAACCACCAAGUUUUGCUUCCACUGAUAACAUAGAAGAUUUGAGAUUCCUAUUGCUUGAAAAUAAUGGCCCCAUUAUCCAAAGCAACAAUCAGCAAAUUCAAAGGAAAAGUAGGAUAAGUAUGCUAAUAAGCCAUCCAAGCAAAACUGUUCACUACUUUUGGAGGAAAUUUGAUGACAAGUUUAUGAGACCUGUGUUUGGUGGAAGGGGUUUUGUGCCAUUAGUUCCUGGCGGAGCAGCAGAGAUUUUUUGAAACGCAAACAAUUUAGCUGCUUGUAUUCACUUUUUUCCUUCAAUAAUGUGGGGCACAAACGUAAACUUAUAUGCACUGUAUGUUUGAUACAUUUUCUCUCUAAAUUGCCGUAAAUUAAAAUGAAGAAUCUGAUCUGAAGUUGAUCAAGAGAUGUACCAUAUAUAUUAUCAUGUAAGUUAACAAAGAAGUUUGAAUGUAAAAUUUUAUAUACACAUCUAAGUCCUUCCUUACUCCAUUGUGUUGAA